AUGGAGGAUCUUGUCACGGCUGUUUCGGCCGAUGGUUCAUCCAUCAUGCCCCUGCUGGCUCCGCACCUCAGCCGACACCUCUUGUUCCCCCUCAUCCAGUUUGAAGGCGACAAGGCCGAGGAGAAGGGCGAGGACGAAAAGGCAAAGAGGAUCCUGGCCGGCAAGAUCAGGCUGCUGGAGGAUACCAACAUGACCGACUACGUGGCGACGCUGUACUGCGGGCUUCACGGGGUGGCCGGGCCGCCGGCCGAGUACACCAAGAAGCGGCAGGAGGUCUUGGCCCAGCUGGAGAACUACGAGCAGGCCACGGCCAAGAUUGCGGACCUGCUGACGCAGGACGAGGUGGUCAACAGCCUGCGCAGCGACAAGGUUGCCAACCUGGAGUUUCUGAAGAACCAACACGGAGUCACGAUGGAAAUGGUCAAUGCUCUGUACGACUUUGGCCAGUUCCAGUUCCGGUGCGGCCAGUACGGCCCUGCCGCCGACAUGCUCUACCAGUUCCGCGUCCUCUCCACCGACAACGACAAGGUGUCCGCCUCGACCUGGGGCAAGCUGGCGUGCGAGAUCCUCUCCACCAACUGGGAAUCCGCCGUGGACGAGCUCAAGAACGUCAAGGAGGGCAUCGACUCCAAGCUGUUCAACAACCCCCGCGCGCAGCUCGACCACCGGACCACGCUGAUCCACUGGUCCCUCUUCCCCCUCUUCAACUGGGAGGGCGCGCGCGAGCCCAUCCUCGACACCUUCUUCUCCGCCGCCUACAUCAACACCAUCCAGACGUCGUGCCCCUGGGUGCUGCGGUACCUCAUCGCCGCCGUCAUCACGGGCCGCAACCGCGCGCGCAGCAGCUCCACGCAGCAGAAGCAGCUCAAGGACAUUGUCCGCUACGUCCGCCAGGAGGCCUACGAGUACGCCGACCCCGUGACGCAGUUCGUCAACGCCCUCUACAUUGCCCACGACUUCAACGCCGCCCGCGAGGCCCUGCACCAGGCCGAGGAGGUCUGCCGCAGCGACUUCUUCCUCGCCUCGUCCGCUGACGCCUUUGUCAACGCCGCCCGCCACCUCAUCUGCGAGAGCUACUGCAAGAUCUUUAGCCGCAUGAACAUUCGCGACCUGAGCGCCAAGCUCGGGCUCAACCCGGACGAGGGCGAGAAGUGGAUCGUCGACCUGAUCCGCGAGACUAGGCUGGACGCCAAGAUUGACAGCCAGAACGGCACCGUCAUCAUGAACCACCCCCCCAACAAUGUCUACCAGCAGGUCAUUGAGAAGACAAAGGGCGGCUUCUUCAGGACGCAGGUCUUGAACGCCGCCGUGUCCAAGUAA